CAAUAUUAACAGCUAUAGGAAGAGGUUAGUUUUUAAGGAUAUAUAUAAAAUCCACUCUGUCAGAAGAUUUAUUCCUUAAAACGUCAUUUGGAUUUUGAGCGUGUAGUUACUUCAGUUUUCUCCGAAACAAUCCCGUAUUUUUUGCUCUGUGUGACCAAAAAUAGAAAAAACAGCCAUAGCCAUAGCCAUGGAAGACCCAGUCAAGGAACAGACCCAGACUCAGACUCCACUUCCUGGAUCGGGGAAACCGAAGCUUCAGCGUUACCCAUUGCGUUCAGGGACUAAACUAAAGGAAGAAAAGCCACCGGCCCCUGAGUUAUCAAACCCUUCUUCUACUUCUGUAUCUAAGCCACGGGUGAGACUUACAUCAAGUGUAAGUAAAAGUGUCAGUGUUCUUGAUCUUUCUGGCAAGGACAAGUCUGCAAAGCCACCCAGGAGGCUGUCUAUUCCUGCCAAGUCUAUUGUCAGUCCAGCACCAAAACCGGCUGGCAACAUCACUCCAAUUUCGGAGGCUAGACAGAGGAGAACUGUUGCUAGUCAGGGGAAAAAUGAUACACCUGUUUCCGAUGUUUCCAGAACAACAAGAAAGAAAUUCAAUGUUUUGUCCUCGGCAUCAUAUUGGCUCUCACAGAUUAAGCUCUCUGAAUCUGCUGCUAAGCACUCAAUUUCACUUGGCUUUUUUAAAUUAGCGUUUGAGGCAGGAUGUGAGCCUCUUCAGCGAAUGCGAGAUGAGCUCAAGUCCUACACUCAGCGACAUGACCUCAGUGAACUUGGGGAACCUGUGAAGGAAUUAUUUGAAAGGUAUAACAUAUCAGAAAACACACAGCAGGUGCAGGUCUCUGAAACCUUUUCUCAGGUGCCUGAAGAGGGAACUCGAUCAUCUGAUGAUGACGUCCACAGCUCUUCUUCUACUGGGGGAAGUAGGAAGUUGAAGCCCAGGUCUUUGAAUGCUGAUGCUGAUCAAACUUCUCCAGUCACUGAAUCUGCCAAGAAGAGAACUAUACAGAAGAACAAUUCUGCAAUCAGGACUAGGGGAUCUUUGAAUAAGAACUCAGCAAAUUCAAAACUUGUUUCAGAGACUGGGGGUCGUAAGUCGCUAAAGAAACCUGAGAAGCCAAGUAAGCUGGAUUCUAAUAGAGAAAAGGGCAAGACCAAGCAGGGAAAGAAAUCUGCUGCUGAAGCAGUUCCAGUCAGCACUUUGCCUGUCGAGGAUGUGCUCCAAGAGAACAAAGAAAAUAUGGAUGCUCCCCCCCCAAUGGAAGAGAUCAACUUGUCUGAGGUAGUGUAGGCAUUCUGCAACAAAGCUGCUGGAUCUUUUCAUUGUCAAUCUCUUGGGUUUGUCUUCAGUGUUUUUAAGUGGGGGCUUUUCCUUUGUAUAGAAAAGGGUUUAAGGUGGAAGUGUUUCAGUCUGGUGUGGAGGAUGAUUUAUAUUUCUUUUAUUGGUGGUUUAAUCUUGGAUUGUUUGUGUAGUACUAUAUAGUUGCUGGUGAAACCAAAGUGUAUUUUGACUCCUUAAAUUUAUUUAAUAUUGGUCCAAUAUUAUGUAAUUUUUGCGGCCAUAAAUUUUGGUUGA